CAAUUUAUCGCAAGGUCAUUCCGUAUACGAUGUUUUCAACCAUUUUGCUUGCCUCUGGUGGACUUUCCACGUGCACCAUUUACGUUUUUUCGCCAAUUCUCAAGAAUUUGCUUUACUUUUUCACUGGGCAGCCUUUGAUAAGAGAACAACCCUUUCAAGCUGUCUAUCCAUUCAUCAGCCAGUACACGGACAAAACCUUUUUACCGUGCUACAUCCACUUAUCGCAUGGGGGCUAUUGUACUGCGAUUGGAUUUAAUGGAGUUGAUAGCAUUUUCAUAACGGCAUGCUUCCAUAUAGCGGCCCAGUUUCAAUUAAUAACGAUGAAAUUUCAAAAUGCUUUCAAACAACUUGGACGGGGUGGUCGGCCAUUGACGCCAACGGAAAAUCAACAAUGGCGACGUACAGUUAUCGAAGCCAUGGAAGAUCAAAUUAGAUUAUUUGAACUAACGAAUUUAUUUAUCAAAGUUUUUACUUCGAUUAUUCUGAUGCACUUUAUAUCGGUGGCUCUGAUUAUUGGCAUUGGAUCGAUUGACUUUUUAAUUGCUCCUGGAACGGAUAAAAUCCUUUAUGCCGUUUAUAUAAUGACUGUGGCAAUCCAAUCUUAUGCUUAUGCGUACAGUGGAAAUCAAAUCAGUGAACAUAGUUUAGGUAUUUGGAGAGCCGUAUGGGCUGCAGAUUGGCAUUUACUCGAUGUAAAUAACCAAAAGAUGAUCGUCGCGCUCAUUCGCAGAGGACAAAAGCCAAAAUUAGUAAAAGUUCCAUUUUUUGAAGUAACACUGACUGCAUAUACAAAGAUUAUGAGCACGGCUGGUUCCUACAUCACCCUACUUAAUAAAAUGCUCGGAAAUUGA